AUGUGCGAGUUUAGGUACAGAGAACAGAACAAGGUAGUACUCCUAGCCGAAGAGGUUCCACACCGACCCCUCUAUCAUAGAAUAGGAAAAUCCGACGGUCUCCGUCCCGCACUUGAGAACGUGUACGCGGAUCAUCUCCUGCGAAAACCCCAUCACUGCAGCAUAUGCUUCAGGGGAUUUGCGACGAAACAAAACCUCAAAGUCCAUUUCAGGACGCACACCGGCGAACGUCCGUACGGCUGCUCUAUAUGCGGCCGGCGGUUCAACCAAAAGCACGUCCUCCGAGAUCAUGAACGAACGCAUACGGGUGACAUGCCGUACCACUGUGACAUUUGCAUACAAAGAUUCAAAACCACUGUAUUGCCAACCCGGCUCGAGCUGGCACCCAUCAUCAUCGAUUCCAUGAAACAGAUCCAGCAAGCAUUGGGUCGGGGUCGAAAAUCCCUCCAGCCGAACUCGGGGACCAAUCGUUAUCAGUGCCCAGUUUGUCCAUACUCCACCAACAAAAAAGGCCAUUACGUCGUUCACGAAAGGGUUCACACUGGGGAGAAGCCCUACAAGUGUCCUCUGUGUCCGUACCGAGCGACUCAGAAGAGCAGUGUCACCAUCCACAUGGUUGUCCAUCAACGAUCAGCGACUACAGACUUGCUCGAUGGAAUCGGGGAUCUUCAGUGGCUCUCAUCGUGUACAGGCGCAGAGCAGGUUCGCUUCUCGUGUAACCAGUGUGAUUAUUCGAGCCCUAUAUUACACUACUACGAGAAACACCAACGGAAACAUCUAGAUCGGAGCUUACAGUGCCCUUAUUGUAACUACGUUUCGAAGCAACGGGGCCAUCUCAAUCAGCAUAUAAAAUGUCAUACUGAAGAGAAGCUUCAAUGCGCAUACUGCGAUUUCAAGACGCAUUGGAAGAGCAAUCUGGUUCGUCACGUCGCAAAACACCAUCCUUCGGUCAACCAAGGCGUGGUUGCUAUCAAGGAUGAACGGAGUGUUUGUUGA